CAAGUAAACUUAUUUUGAAAGAGACUCCCAUUUUUUGAAGUGGAUCAGUCUAACAUUCUAGCGCGCAGCCGAAAAAAAAGGUUGACUGAGCUGAGCUGAGCAAAGUGAGGUGGUACCUUAACUAUUAUUCCUACAAACUCUACGUUUCCGACUCUCGAAGUGGUGCAUUACUGAAGGAAGUAACCCAAAGCCACCAUGGAUGUUGGUAAGAUAGUGGAGCAGCAGGUUAUUCAGGCAGCCCAGGCUGUGGAGGAGCAGAUCGAUGCUGAGAUGAACCGCCUGGACAACAUGGACGAGGACGACUUGGAAAGAAUCAAGCAGAAACGGCUGGCAGUCCUGAAAAAACAGGCUUCUAAAAAACAGGAACUCCUUCAGAUGGGCCAUGGCCAGUACACAGAGAUCCCAGAAGAAAAGGAGUUCUUUCCUGUCUGCCAGAAGAGCCCCCGCGUGGUGUGCCACUUCUACCGGGAGAGCACGUUCCGCUGCAAGAUCGUGGACAAGCACCUGGCCAUCCUGGCGCCCAAGCACGUUGGAACCAGGUUCUGCAAGAUCGAUGCGGAGAAGUGCAAGUGGCUGUGUGAGAGGCUGAAGGUGCGCGUCCUACCCACCAUCUGCUUGGUGAUCGACGGCAAGACAAAGGACUUUGUCGUAGGGUUCGACGACCUCGGAGGGGUGGACGACUUCCCCACAGAAAUGAUGGAGUGGCGGUUAGGGUUAUCUGGGGUCAUUGACUGUGACGCAGACCCUACCAACCCCCCCACACUGGGGCAGAAACCAAAGGGAGUGAGAGGGAAGAAGUCCAUCAGGGGUGGGGCAGGGGACUCUGAUGAUGAUUCUGAUGAUGAUUAACUAUUCCUCCAUCAUCUUGAGCUUCAUUUUAAGUCAUCUUGUGGUGUGAUUUUUAAAACCUGGCAACCAGAUCUAUUAUAACUGCAGAGUCUCUUCCAUCAUCAUUUCUUCCUCAUUUUCGUCUUUUCCACCUAAAACGACUCAGCAGUUGCAAUAGGUUUGGGGUAUCCGCAGGUGAUUCAAUUUGCAGCCUCUAAACAAUGGUUCCCUAUACAAAAAA